AUGUUGGCUUCAGGAAACAGCAGUCUCCAAUCAGCCUCCUUCUUCCUGACUGGAUUCCGAGGACUAGAAAGUCUACAUGGUUUUAUCUCCAUUCUCUUCUGCACUAUCUACUUGACAGUAAUUGUGGGAAAUAUCACCAUCCUUCAUGUCAUCCGCACAGAUGCAACACUCCAUGAGCCUAUGUAUUACUUUCUGGCUAUGCUAGCCCUCACUGACCUAGGCUUGUGCUUUUCCACAUUACCCACUGUGGUGGGCAUUUUCUGGUUUGAUUUUCGAGAGAUCGGCAUCCCUGCCUGCUUCACCCAGCUCUUCUUCAUCCACCUGUCCCUGGUGGAAUCUUCAGUGCUGCUCUCCAUGUCCAUAGAUCGCUAUGUGGCUAUCUGUAACCCACUGCGAUAUGGAACCCUCCUGACACCUGGCCGGAUAGUGAAGAUGGGGCUAUGUUCUGUAUUGCGCAGUGCGCUGCUGAUCCUUCCUCUACCCUUUCUUCUGAAACGUUUUCACUACUGCCGUUCUCAUGUACUGGCCCAUGCUUAUUGCCUUCACCUGGAGAUCAUGAAACUGGCCUGCUCUAGCAUCAUAGUCAAUCAUAUCUAUGGCCUCUUUGUGGUUGCUUGUACAGUGGGUGUGGACUCCUUGCUCAUCUUUCUCUCCUAUGCUCUAAUUCUUCGCACAGUGCUGAGCAUUGCUUCCCGUGAGGAGCGCCUCCGAGCCCUCAAUACCUGUGUCUCCCAUAUCUGUGCGGUACUUCUUUUCUAUAUCCCUAUGAUUGGUUUAUCCCUUGUGCAUCGCUUUGGUGAGCAUCUGCCCCGUAUUGUCCACUUGCUCAUGUCCUAUGUUUACCUUUUGGUCCCACCUCUGAUGAACCCUAUUGUUUACAGUGUGAAAACCAAGCAGAUCAGGCAGAGAAUUAUCAAGAAGUUUAGUUUUAUGCAGAGUCUGAGUAGCAAUCGCCAAGGGUAG